AAAUUAUCGCAACGGCAUAACGGGAAGGUUUUCUUUGUCAUUACAAGCAUAUGUGAAAACAUCAGUGCGUGCGUUCUCCAGUAAAGCCAAGUUGUUUUUGGUGGCAGGAACGAGCGGUCGGUGAAAUCUGAAAUAGUGUCCAUCACAACACGAAUAGAAAAGAAAAUAUUCGCCAAUACAAAGACAACGGUACAGCUACGUACGCUACAAACAAAAAAAACAACACAGCCAUAUUUACAAUCAUCAUCCGGGCGGACAUUUCAAGGCAAAAUUGUUCCUACUGUGGAAAUCAAGUUGAUUUAGGAGAACCCAUUGUGACGUUUUGUUAAUAGAAAAGUAAAUGAUAUCGGGCUCUGGUGUGUUGGUGUCAAUGUGAUAUUCUGAACGGGACUGCCUUGGGCAUGAGUAGCCAGCCAGUACCGGACCCAGACUAAGCGUAUAAAACACACAUACACACGAGUACAUUACGCCAGCAGAAUCGGUCCCCGGCUCCCAACACCCGCCGAUUGACACCUGCCUUUUGAGUUGGGCCUUGGUUUAUUGUUUCACGAGAACAAAACAUCCCACCGACGGAUUCCGGUUGGGAUUUAGCGCACGCUGUCAUUCAGUAUCGUUUGACGUAACCGCAUCGCAUACCAAUGGCGUCCAGUCCGCGAGCCGCUGGCGGCGCACAGCGACCAAAUGGGGCCACACAGAACAAGAUCUGCCAGUUCAAGCUGGUUUUGCUGGGCGAAUCAGCCGUCGGAAAGUCCUCACUGGUGUUACGCUUUGUCAAAGGUCAGUUCCAUGAGUACCAGGAGAGUACGAUCGGAGCGGCAUUCCUCACCCAGACAGUGUGCAUCGACGAUACGACGGUAAAGUUCGAGAUCUGGGACACUGCUGGACAGGAACGAUAUCACAGUCUCGCUCCAAUGUAUUAUCGUGGCGCUCAGGCGGCUAUUGUUGUUUACGAUAUUCAAAACCAGGAUAGUUUUUCUCGCGCUAAGGUAUGGGUGAAAGAACUUCAGCGACAGGCAUCGCCAAAUAUUGUGAUUGCGCUGGCCGGUAACAAAGCCGAUCUCGCGAAUAGUCGCAUUGUUGACUACGAGGAGGCUAAGCAAUACGCGGAUGAUAACGGAUUACUAUUUAUGGAAACUUCGGCCAAAACCGCCGUCAACGUGAAUGAUAUCUUUCUUGCAAUAGCUAAGAAAUUGCCCAAGAACGAAGGCACCGGACCUCAGCAGAAUAUAAGACCUACCCAGAACGACCAGAACCGACAAAACAGUGGCUGCUGCAGCAAGUGAUGUUAUUCAGCUGCAAUCGUCUUGUUAACUGUAGCGGAAAACAACAAGAACUGUUUGAGUGAUGAAGUCGUUAUGAUGAUAGUAGGAAGUAAGACCGAUUCCAAACUAGUUAUGAUAUAAUACCAAGAGCAACAGUAAAGCAAAUCUGUAGGAUGGAGACAAACAAUGGAGUAAAAUAUUUCAACCAACACACACACACAUUUACAAAACCACAUAGUGAGAGAAAUUUAUGAAAUAAUUACCAAAUUAUGUGGAAUCUUACAAAACAUUACUGCAAAGAACAAGUCUAUGUGCGCGUCAUGAUUGACAAGAAUAAAACAACGGACACAUGGACACUAUACCCACAUACACGCAUGUGAAACAGAACACAUCCUAAAACUCCUUUAAUAGUGAAUGCAAAAAAAUUAAAAAUUAGAGUCGAUAGUCGAUCAGAACAAAGAACAUUAAGAAAGUCAAGCAAAGUUUAGAAACAUAACUUUACAAACAAUUAAUAAAAACGAAUAAUAGUGCAAGUCAAUACACAACAACCACAAAAAUAAAGCAAACAACAUAUUGAACACAAAAAAAAACAA